AUGAGCACACUUAGCAACCCCGAUUCGAUCAACCACAAACAGGGUCCCUUCAAGCCCUCGGUGGCACCCGAAGGGCCUACGACAAACAAGGGUCAUCAACCCGGCCGCAAGGUCAAUGAGGCUGAUCAGCGCCCCGAAUUCCACAUGGAACGCCUCCCUCCCGGCACCGCACCUGCUAGCAACUCCUACACUCCCAACACUGUGAACCAAGUGGGCGGUCAAGCCAACAACCCAGAUGUUCUCCGUGCACACGGCAAGGAGGCCGUUUACACAUCCGCCGAAAGUACAUUGAGGGGAGCUACUUCCGCCGAUGUACACACCGGGUUUGGCAAACCCCUCGUGGGCCAGACCGGCGUUGAAGUCGCCCAUGACGGUGCCCAUGGCCGAAAGAAGCAGCGUGGAAGUCUGGAGGGCGUUGGCGCUUCCCACGAAGACAAAAGUAUGGAACGUAAGUUGCCGGACCAGCGUAGUCUUGAGAAAGAACAUCAAAUGAGCGGCCGUCGGGGUGACAAGGCAGAUCGCUCUGCGGCGGACAUGCGGCCAGAGCCUGCUGAGACUCUGGAUGCCGAGUGGAAGUCUGAGCCUAGUACCAAGCGAUGA